AUGUACCCUGCCGUCGAACUCCCUGAACAGCUCAACAUCGCGGAUCGCUUUCUCGGCGCUCGCUUGCAGGCCGGACAAAGUAAGCGAAUCGCCUUGCGGCUGGCCGACCGAAACCUGACCUACAUCGAGGUUUACGACCUCGCCCAACGCUUUGCCCACGCCCUGCGCGAGCUUGGUGUGCGGCCCGAAGAGCGGGUCAUGCUGGCCCUGCCCGAUGGCGCCGAGAUGGUCGGUGCCAUCUUCGGCACUCUGCAGAUCGGCGCGGUAGCGGUGAUGGUCAACCCGGCCUUGGGCGAAACCGAGGUGGCGGCGCUCUACGGCUACACCCGCUGCCGGGCCUUGGUCGUCGAUGGGAGCGUUCUUGGCAUCUUCGAAGCGGCGCGGCGGGGCUCAAACUGGCCGGUCGAUUUGCUCACCGUGGGCCCGAGGGGCGGCGACCCAAAGUCCCACUGCACCGACUUCGCCGACAUUCCGCCGCCGCACGAGCCGAUUCCGUGCUUCCCAACUCACUGCGACGACGCCGCUAUCUGGUUGUUCUCCGGCGGCACCACCGGCCGGCCCAAGGCGGUGGUGCAGAGCCACCGUUCGUUCGCCAACACCACCGAGCUCUAUGGUCGCCGCACGCUGGGCUACUGCGAAGACGACAUCACCUUGUCGGUGCCCAAGCUGUUCUUCGGCUACGCCACCGGCUCGAACCUGUUCUUUCCCUUUUCGGUGGGAGCCAGCGCGGUGCUGUUUCCCGAGAAGCCCACCGCCGACGAGCUCUUCCGUCAAAUCGCUCGCCACCGGCCGACGAUUCUGAUCAACGUGCCGACAGUCGUCAGCCGUAUGCUGGCUCACUCGGACGCCGGUAGCCAAGAUCUCUCCUGCCUACGCCUUGCCACCUCGGCCGGCGAGGCAUUGCCAGCAGCGCUUUACGAGCAGUGGAAAGAGCGCUUCGGCAUCGAGCUGCUCGAUGGCUUGGGCACCGCCGAGAUGUGGCAUGUCUUCCUCACCAACCGACCCGGCGACGUCCGUCCCGGUACGCUCGGCAAGGUGGUCGAGGGUUUCGAGAUCGAGGUUCGUGACGACCAAGAACAGCCGGUUGAAGACGGCGAAAUCGGUCGCCUCUGGGUGCGCGGUGCUUCGCGAGCCAACUGCUACUGGCAAGAGGCCGAGAAGAGCGCCGAUGCCUUCCGCGGUGAGUGGUUCGCCAGCGGCGACUUGGUGUGCCGUGACCCGGAAGGCUACGUCAGCUUCUGUGGCCGUUCCGACGACGUGCUCAAGAUCGGUGGCAAAUGGCUGGUGCCGAAAGAGCUCGAAGACUGCCUGCUAGAGCAUCCCCGAGUCGAAGAAUGCGCGGUCCUCGGCGCCCUCGACGCCGACGGCUUGACCAAGCCCUACGCAUUCGUCCUUGCUCCCGGCGCCGACGCUGAUCUCGACGAACAGCUCAAACGCCAUGCCCUGGACUUCUUAGCGCCUUACAAACACCCCCGCCGCGUCCUGGUCAUGGACGAGCUCCCCCGAACCCACCUGGGCAAGGUCGACCGCGGCGCCCUCAAGCGCCUCUUGCAAGAAGACCAAGCCUAG